AUGGCUCGUCAUUUUGGUGAACCAGAUAGUGAAAAAACUACUCUUCUUCGUUGGAUUACACGUAUCUUUGCUGAAGCCGCUUAUGAUGAAGAUAAACAAAUCGUUUUAGGAGAAGAAAGAGUUCAUUGUUCAAUUCAUAUUUCAAUUCUAAUUCGAAUCGGUGAAUUUGCAGAGUGGCACGUUCAACAUCAAACAAAGACAUUGAUAGAUUAUAUCGGUGAACAUACAUGGUUUUCAGAAUGUUAUUGUCAUGAUGAAGAUGAAAAUGUACUGAAAGAGUUGAUAUAUCAUGGUCAUGCUUUGAUUCUUCUUGAUAGACUCGAUGAAAUUCCUGAAGUUGGACAAAGAAAGGAGAUUAUUGAACUUGUUCGAAAAUUUAUUGAUCAAUAUGUUCGUACACCUGAUUUUAUUUCACCUUUCGACGAAAGAAUGUUCAGCACUCGAAUAUCAUGGCAUUAUGGAGUCAUGAAAAUGCAGCCACCAAAUGCUGGUGGCAAUCAGAUCAUGAUCACAAGUCGAAUUGUUGGCUAUUAG